AAAGUUAUGUGCAAACGAGCCCUUAUUCCCUUCUCUUUCCGUUUGUUUCUCAGUCUCCGUUCGGACUGUAUAAUAUGGUCCAUAAAUGUACUUCUCUUCUCCGAAGUCUUCACUUUCUCGGCCGCAAUUCUUCUUCUGGUAUUGGGAGGCCUGUUGUAGGAUUUCUUGGUUAUUCACUUCAUUUUAAUGCUAGUCAAGUUGGAUGUCAUACUCGUGAUGAGAAGAUUGUCAAACUAAAACUAGCUCAGGACCUAGCUGGUUUGGUUCAGGAAUCUUUGAACUUAGAGGAGAAAAAAUCCCAAGUAUCUAAGAGAUUGGUGCCUAUGGUUGAGAAGUUGGUUGAGAAUUCGGGGGGUGUGAAACAUGGAGCGUCGCUGGCACAAAAAUUAGCGAACUUGGUGGAAGAGUCUUAUAAUCUUGAUGAGUCUAAACCUAUGAAUCGUGCGGAACAUAAAAGAUUACUUGAACUACGCAUAAAAAAGAGAGUUAAGGAACAGUAUGUAAAUGGGAAGUUUCAAAACCUCAUAAAGAAAGUGGUUGCCAAUCCAAAAACACUUUGUGAUGCUUAUGAUUGUAUUCGAUUGAGUUCUAAUGUUGAUCUAGCAUCUAAUGGCGAGGAUUUGCCUUUUGAAGCCAUGGCUGAAGAGCUUUCUUGUGGGUGUUUUGAUGUUAGUGCUAACACAUAUUCGAUCUCAACUAAGGGAGCAAAGAAAGAAGUCCUUGUCUUUCCAAAUGUUAAACUCAAAGUUGUUGAGGAAGCAAUCAGAAUAGUUUUAGAAGUUGUCUACCGACCUCACUUUUCUAAGAUAUCGCACGGUUGUCGUAGUGGUAGGAGCCAUUUAUCUGCUCUUAAGUACAUUCGCAAAGAGAUAAUUAAUCCAAAGUGGUGGUUCACCUUGCCAGUUUGCAGAAAGCUUGACAAUCAAAUCGUAGCUAAGCUCUUUUCAGUUAUGGAAGACAAGAUAGAUGAUCCUUUCCUAUAUACGAUAAUACGUAGUAUGUUUGACUGUGGAGUAUUGAAUUUAGAAUUUGGGGGCUUUCCAAAAGGACAUGGUCUCCCACAAGAAGGAGCAUUGUCUCCAAUUUUAAUGAACAUAUAUCUUGAUCUAUUUGAUCAUGAAAUGUACAGGUUGUCAAUGAGAUAUGAAGCUAUUGAUAAAGGAUCAAGCGCUGAAGAAAGUGCACCCAACUCUGUGUUACGCAGUUGGUUCAGGAGACAGAUAUCUGGUAAUGGCUCUCAAGAAUGCCAUGAUUUGGGCUACUCUGAAAUUAGGGUGCAUUGUUGCCGCUUCAUGGAUGAGAUUCUUAUUGCCAUCUCUGGUCCCAAAGACGUGGCUGUUGCUAUCAAGUCUGAAACUGAAAAUUACUUUAAGAAUUCUCUUCAUUUAGAAUUUGAAAAUGAAAUAGAUGUUUUUCCAUGUGAUGGGCCUACUGGCAUUCGCUUUCUGGGUAGUGUGGUUAAAAGAAGCCUGAAAGAGAGUCCGGCUGUAAAGGCCGUUCACAAAUUGAAGGAGAAAGUAGAAUUAUUUGCUUCGCAGAAAGAGCACUCGUGGGACACUGGGACAGCAAGAAUUGGAAAGAAAUGGCUGGCUCAUGGGUUGAAGAAGGUAAAAGAAUCAGAGAUUAAGCAUCUCUCUGAUGGUAGCUCCCUUUUGACCCAAAUUUCGUGUUUUCGAAAAGAUGGGAUGGAAACGGAUCAUUGGUAUAAAGUCUUGCUAAAAGUUUGGAUGCAAAAUAAAAAUAUUAAUUGCCAAACAAACGAGGAUGUUAUCUUAUCUAAGCAUGUAGUUGAACCAGCUCUCCCUCAAGAUCUAAGAGAUUCAUAUUAUGAGUUCCAGAAGCGUGUUCAGGAAUAUAUAUCUUCUGAGACAGCUUCGACUCUUGCCCUGUUGCCAAACUCCAACUGUUCAUCAUUUACGACACAGAUCAUAGCCCCAAUCAGCAUCAUAAAGAAGCGGCUUUUUCGAUAUGGAUUGACAAACUCCAAAGGUUAUUCCCAGCCAUGUCAUCUGCUAGUUUUUUGGGAUGACAAUGAAAUUGUUGACUGGUAUGCAGGUUUAAUCUGCCGGUGGCAGAGAUGGUACACCGAGUGUGACAACUUUAAUGAGGUAAAGCUCAUUAUUUGCAAUCAAGUAAGAUUGUCUUGCAUCAGAACUCUGGCGAUGAAAUAUAGGAUCCAUGAGAGUGAGAUAGAGAAGAAAUUUGAUUCUGAAUUGCGCAGAAUUCCUGCAACUGAAGAUCUGGAGCUUGAGAUAACCAGUGAAGCAACAAAUUCUGAAGCUGUUGAUAAUGACGCCUUAAUGUAUGGAAUAACAUACAGUGGAAUAUGUUUAUUCUCUUUAGCAAGAACGGUGAGUCAGUCACGUCCUUGCAAUUGCUUUGUUAUAGGAUGUUCAGCAGCAGCUCCUCGUGUAUACACUCUUCACGUGAUGGAAAGACAAAGAUUCCCUGGUUGGAAGACUGGAUUUUCUAAUUGUAUCCAUCCCAGUUUACAUAGAAGGCGACUUGGGUUGUGUAAACAUCAUCUGAAGGAUCUACUUCUUGGUUAUAUCUCUCUUCAAUCUAUUAAUUUUGGUGCUUGGUAAGGAAACGACUUCCCUUGAUGCGAAGUGGUAAAUAUUCUGCAGCAUGAACACUCAAUAGUUGGAGUAGAUGGACCAGAGAAAACAGGAAGAUGGAAAAAUCUUGUAAUUUUUUUGAAGAUCUGUCUUUGUUGUCUUUAUGUGAUUGAAUUACAUUCAUCAUUAUCAUGGGAAUAUGAUAAUGUUUUGACUUCAGAAUGUCCA